AUGAGCCAGUUCAGCUUCGGGGCGGCCGCGCCCGGCGGCGCCUUCGGCCUGGGCGCGCCCCGAGCCGCCGCCACCACCGCGCCCACCGCCGGCUUCUCCUUCUCCGCGCCCGCCCCCGCCUCCGCCGGCUUCAGCUUCGGCGGCGCCACGCCGGCGGCGGGCGGCGGCCAGCCCGCCGGGCUCUUCUCCUUCAGCAGGUCGGGCACGGCCGCGCAGCCCUCCGGCUUCAGCUUCGGCGCGGCCGGCGCGGCCCCGGCGGCCCCGGCGGCCGCCGCCUUCCCGCUGGGGGCAAACACACCAAAAGUGAACUUUGCAGCCAGCACCACCACUCCAGCCCCUGGGAUCACGGGGGGCUUUUCUUUUGGUGCCCCCGUCGCAAGCAGCACGCCCUCGAGUCAGGCAGCAGCCCCGUCUGGCUUUGCCUUUGGCUCUGCUGGCAGCAGCAGCAGCAGCACGGCUCCGUCUGGGACAACAGGAGGCUUCACCUUCUCCAGUGGCAGCACGACUCAGGCGGGAACAGCCGGCUUCAGCAUCGGCACCGCGGCUCCGCAGGCAACGUCCGCAGGGCUGAGCUUCGGCACGGCCCCUGCGGCUGCUGCCAGCACCAGCACGGCCACCCUGGCAGCUGCCACCCCGGCAGCAGCACCCUUCAGCCUCGGGGGGCAGCCCACAGGUCUGACCUUUGGGGCACCGCCUUCAACAGCAGCCACCAGUACAACCACGGCAACGCUGGCCACAAGCACCAGCCAGGCACCCACCCUGUCCUUUGGAGCCAAGCUUGGAGUCACAUCCACAGCUGCCACCACGGCCUCCACCACCAGCACCACCUCAGUGCUGGGCUCCACGGGGCCCUCCUUGUUUGCAUCUGUGGCAACUUCUUCAGCCCCAGCCUCCUCCAGCACCACGGGCCUCUCACUGGGGGCCACUUCCACUGGUUCCACUGGGACAGCCGGUCUGGGGACACUUGGCUUUGGAUUAAAAGUUCCUGCAACCACAGCUGCCACAACCAGCACUGCCACUGGGACUACUUCUGCUUCCACCUUUCCUUUGAAUCUGAAGCCAUUGACCACCACUGGUGCCAUUGGAGCUGUGACCUCCACAGCUGCCAUAACCACAACCAGCACACCCAGUGCCCCCCCAGUGAUGACUUACGCCCAGCUGGAGAGUUUGAUCAACAAGUGGAGCCUGGAACUGGAAGACCAAGAGAAGCACUUCCUCCAUCAAGCUACACAAGUCAACGCCUGGGACCGCAUGCUGAUAGAGAACGGAGAGAAGAUCACUUCCUUACACAGAGAAGUAGAGAAGGUGAAGGUUGACCAGAAGAGACUGGAUCAGGAACUGGACUUCAUUCUGUCCCAGCAGAAAGAGCUGGAGGACUUGCUGUCCCCUCUGGAGGAGUCUGUGAAGGAGCAGAGCGGGACCAUCUACCUGCAGCACGCCGACGAGGAGCGGGAGAGGACCUACAAACUGGCUGAGAACAUCGAUGCUCAGCUGAAGCGCAUGGCACAAGAUCUGAAGGACAUCACUGAGCACCUGAACACAUCAAGGGGCCCAGCAGACACGAGUGACCCGCUUCAGCAGAUCUGUAAAAUUUUGAAUGCACACAUGGAUUCCCUGCAGUGGAUUGACCAGAACUCAGCUGUGCUGCAGAGAAAGGUGGAAGAGGUGACCAAGGUUUGUGAGAGUCGCCGCAAGGAGCAGGAGCGCAGCUUUCGGAUCACCUUUGAUUGAGACACUCCCACGUUCAAGGGAGGAAUGUAAAACCUCCACAUGCUGUAGAGGUCUUUGAGAUCUGAAACGAUGACCUGGCUUUGUUCCUUUUCUUGCAAUAAAACGUGUUGUUUGUUCCAA